AUGUCGGGCUCUACACAAACCAAGAUGCUGGUGGUGCCGCCUGCACUCAACCUGCGUCGAGCCACCUCUUAUAAUGCCCAGGAUCGAGGUCCAAUUUCUUCAACUUCGUCACGAUUCAACUUCAACCACCUUUUCUUUUCACCACCUGCCUCGCCAGCGCUUCCGGCACUUGUACCUCGACCCCCAAAGAGAAAAUCGAGCCAGAUCUUGGUUACUCGGCCGAGUCGAGUCUUUCGACGCCUUUUUCUCCUCGGCAUUCUAUUGUCACUCACCUAUCUCGCAGCCAUGGCUUUCCAAAACCCAAACGUGAUUCCAUCAGCAGUAUGGCCUUACUUUGAACAAGAGGAGUUCGAGAUGGUCGGCCAAGAUGCUUUCCCAGACUUUCCUACACCAAUCUUGGUUAACGACAACAAGGGUCUCUCAAAGUGGACGGUCUAUAUCCCACCGAAUGGAGAUUUCCCCCUAACCAUGGAGCAGUAUGCUGAAAUGGGAAGUCAAUGUCGAGAGGUCUCUUCGCGAGCACGCGAUGUUCACCACAAAGGUCCGAUCACCGAAACAGCCAUAAUCAACUACGAUGCCCAAGACGAAUACUAUGUCGACGUUUACGAAGCCGAAAGAUCAGGCCUUCUUACUCCUACAAAGGGACUUCGUGCCAAAAACAAGGGCAAGUUUGUGGGAGUAGACAAGAAACACCUGAACCACAAGCCUGUGUGCGAGAGCACUAUGACUUUUGUUCUGGAAUCGACAGAUGCCGGACUUGGCAACACUCUUAUGAUGCUUUGGACCUUUUAUGGACUCGCCAAGCAAUUGGGCCGCGACUUCUUCAUUGUUGACAAACGAUGGGCUUAUGGUUCUUGGGAUCAAAUCUUCGAGACCCCUCCAGUUCCGGAAUGCCGCCCGCCCCCAAGACAUCACAUGGUACCUUGCCCUUUCCAAGCUCGCCAUCUGGUUGUCUCAGCUGCAACGGCAAAGGAAGUCUUUCCAGCCCUACUGGCCCAGAAUCACCGCGUUGCUGGAACCGAUAAUGGUUUGCGGGAUCUCUUCGAGUUAGCUCGCCUGGGAUUUGAAGACCUCUUCUUCCUAAAUGAAGAGGACCAGACCUAUGUUGAUAACCGCAUCCUUGGACUUCAGGCAAAGGCAAAGGCUGAGGAUAGCCUUACGGCACAUGCACCUAUUAUUGGACUCCAUGUUCGCCAUGGCGAUCAGCACCCUCUCGAGCUGCAAUACAGCGAAACGUACAUCCCGGCCGACGUUUAUCUCAAGCAGGCUAGUCGCUAUGUCGAAGAGUACUACAACAGCACAGGAGUCGAGGGCUCCACUCAACAACACUCUCUCACCCUUUUGGCAUCAGACGAUCCCACAGUCCAUGAGGAACCUGAAUUCAAACACACAAUUCUUUCUCAAGAUCGCAUCCGUCUUGCUUCAAAGGGUGCGAUAGCUCGGGCCGGGGGUAACAAGCAAACGCCCAACAACUUCGUUGAGAACACAUUCGGCUGGGAAGGUGGCUUCUUCGCUCCCCUGUUUUGGAACCUUGGUGUCGACAGCAAGAACAAUGCUGCCGAGGCACCUGCUGGUGUCACCGUCGAGAAUGUCAACCAGGAAGCCAGGCAUAUGGCACCCCCUUCUCAAGAAACACUGAGACUUCGUAGCCUCGUCGGCCGAGCCUACAUGAUGGAUCUCGCUGUACUCGCCGAGUCAAGUGACAAAGUCGUGUGCACCGUGAGCUCCAUGGGAUGCCGGCUACUGGCCAUUAUGAUGGGAUGGGAGGAUAGUAUAGAAAACGGUGGCUGGCAUAACGUUGACGGCACCUAUGGGUGGACAGGGAUUGACUGGUAG